GUCAUUGAGAACAAACUAUGCUUGCUCAAGCACACGUGUGCACGGCAAGAAGAAACGCCUCCGCAUAUUCCAAACAUAAAUCGUUAUUGCUCACCCACAUCGAUUAUAGCAAAAAUAAGUUGUAGACACAAUUUUGAGAUCAAGGUUGCGGCCGCUACUUGUCUCGUGGUACGGGGUAUGACUUAGGGCACUGUUUACUUAUAAUUUACUAAAACCAUUUACAUUUUCAUUUUCUUUUGAUUUAGACUGUCAUUCCCGCCGUCUUUCACCGAAACGGCUUUUCGUUUUCUACCUUCGUAUUUUAUUGUGAAUCGUCACCCACCUCCCACAGAAUUCACCAUGUCGAGUGUUUGUAAGAGCAAAGAAGCAACUUUUACUUCCCGCCUUCUAGUUCUAUCUCAUCUCCGCAAACGUGUACCCAUCUAUUUCUCAUUUUUGAUUUCAACGAUUCUCAUUGUUUCUGGUGUCCAGGCGGUGAUUCCCAUGGCCUCCGCUCCGGGUCCGACAGCGUCGAGCGCGAAAGUGACCAUGCAGUACUUCGUCCGGGCCCACUUGCGUCGUAUCCAGGGGAGUAUCAGGGAGGCGCGACGGUCAAAGACCGUGGCCAUUCGUGGCCUGAGUGUCGUUGAAACCCCAACGCCGGGCGGCGACUUGUUGGGCAGUAGUAAUCCUCAUUUUACAACCAAUCUGUUUCGGCUUUUGUCUACUACUUCGCAAGCGAACCCAGCAGCGGCAGGAGAACCGGCUGGAGGUACUGCAAGUAUAUUAACAUUAAGUCAGAACCCUACUUCUUCUCCGCGAAAUCUACUGAAGUUUUUCGAAUAUGAUGGCCCUCAGAAUAAGGAAAGUGAAAUAAAUCCCGUUCUGUCGUAGGCAGUACUAGUAGCAAUCGAAAAUGAUACUGAUAGAUUAUAAAGACACGCAGUCUUAUCUACCACUCGUUGAGAUGUCGGAAGUGGUGGAUUACUGGUACCAAAAAAAAAAUCAUCAAUAACUCCAGGCACUACCCCUACCCAGCCUACCGAAGCCGUCGCUUCCUCUGUCGCAUCUUCAUCAUUGAAAGUGACAAUCUUCGAAGAGCCGGUUGGCGUCCAGUUGCAAGACGGAACGCCCGGCGAGGAUAUCGACUUCUGCCCCGGAACCCGCGUUUCUGCGUGGAUCGGGCCACUUGCUGCCGACGGGCAAGUGAUUUCGGAUUCGGAUAGUACCUCCGGAACCGAGACCUGGUGGGAUGUUUCCGGCCUUCUGUCUGAGGAGCUGCAACGCACGGUGUUUCACGACUAUGAAAGCUACAAAGCAAAAACGGAAGGAGGACGCGAGCAAGACGAGGAACUGAUGAAACUCGCUGAAAUUGGCGAGCUAGGUCGAGAUGGCCCAGAGUUUUCAGAUUUUUUUGUGGCGGACGACUCGUUUCUCUACAUUGAGUUUGAAGGCACGUAUGUCCUUGGCCCCGUUCCGCUCUGGAACAAAGAUCUAGUUGGUGCAGUCACGGGGCACGUCACACAAGGGUCAUCAUCUGGAUCUGCAGAUGUCGAUAUGGGGUUAGCUUCUGAAGAUGAUGGUUUAUUACACGGCCGCAACGCUGCUCCGCGUACCACAGAUGCUGAUGCGGUCACGAUCAGUGAUCUUGAAUACGCUGCGACUGCAGAUGCUGGCGCUCAGAGGGUCGUUAGUGUCAUUUAUGGCGAGAAUCGGCUGUCGCCAGUCCUCGCUGACGCGGAGUUUCCACAAGAGGGGAGCCUGCCGCCGCCUUUUAAUCAACAAGAAACCAUCGAGUUUCGAGGGCGCGCACCCUUCGACGGAAUUGGUAAGGGUCUCCCAGAUACCGCACAGAACUUCAAAUUGAUUCUGCCGCGGACAUCAGUAGGGGAUGGUGCGACCUCCACCGGCGGAGAACCGGUGGAAAGUAGUGGUCUCACCGCCGUUGGCGCGCACGAAUUUUUAGAAAGCGCGAGACCUGCUAACUUGGAGACGACACCCGAGGCUGGGCGGGACCUCCGAGAGCGUCGGGACCAGCAGGGUUGGUCGACUCAACCGGCUGCUGGAUCAUCCGAUCUGCUGAAAAAUACCCAAUGGCUUGCGCUGCCGCUUAGUACAGAUCGCGACCAGGACCCGUCACCACGCAAGAAGGUCAAAGUCUUCCGCGACUUUGCCGGCCCCGGCAAGGGCGACCUAGUGGUAACUCCUUGGAGAAGAAACUACCAAUAUGCCUUCCAGAUGCCAAGUCAAUCCGGGGCGACCAUUCGUGCGCUUCUGUUUUUGGUCCUCGAAGCAAUCUGGGGAAAGCAACGCAGCAGCUGGGGCGAGCACUUGAGCCUACUCACCUGGAAUUUCUUUCAUCCCUUUCAGGGUAUUAGAGAAAUCGAAGUCGAGGGUCUGCCAGCUGGCCUUGUUACCAACGCACAAGCGCAGGAACAUGGUGUCUUGGGAGAAGACCAUGCCACGUCUCUCCGUCCUGAAAGCACAAUAAAGAUGCACUACAUGGAGAUUAGUGCUCCUCCACUGGGUCCAAUUGGUCGGUCGACCUUCAAAGAAUACUACGAUUGUGUGGAAACAUCGCCAUUCUCACGACCCAUGCGGAUUUGGAUAUUUCACAACAAAGACGCUGCAAGAGACGGUCACGGUAAGAACGACGAGGGGGUGACUGUGCCUGCGGAACAAGCUGAAGAUGAUGCUAUGAUGGAGGCUGUAGAUGAUGACGAAACUGAAAGUUGUCAUAGUGCUGUUUCGGAAGUUGUGUCCGAGGAUGUAGUCGGGGGCAGCGAUUGGGAAGACGACGAGCCGAGCGAAAUAUCUCUUGCGGAACGUUACUUGCGGGAGUACUUUCUGAACAUCGGGGAACGGCUCAUUGCGAAGGACGGGGGCGUGAAUAAGCCCCGCAGGAGCACCACAGAGCCCGGCGUGUUCGUGUCGAGAGUUGGUAGCGCAGGCGCCGAUUUGCUUCUCAGCAAACGCCAAACGAAGCGACUUGAGCCGGAGGGUUCAUCGCCUGUACUUUACCGGGUGGUGACAUCUCCGACUGUACCGUAUGAGGGCCAGGACAUGGAUGAACAUUUUAAAUCACGCAGUGGCGAGUUUCGCUUCCUAAUCGAAACGGAUUUUACUGUCGAGGAGGCCGCGAAGGCAAAGUGUCUGGGCGAAGAUAAGUUCCUACGAAACGAGCCUUGGCAAAUCGCACACAGAACAAUCAUUCCAGCUGACAUGGCGUCGUAAGGCAAAGGCAAGGUAGAGCCACACCGGGCCACUAACAAUGGCUCGUCGGUCCGCUGUGCUUAUGCGUCUAUGUAGAAAGCACUGAUUUUAGGAAAACCCUGUUGAUAUUACGGAGAGCGAUUUUUUUAUAAUUUCUUUCAAGUAUGAAGUAUGAUCCUCACAAACAGAAACACGACGAGCUGGAGCUUGCUGAGCCGUUUUGUGCAGGCCCGGCCGCGUGCGAUUCUUUUCGACUCAGUCGGGAAAUUAGUGACUGGAAGCACAACUUUCAUAGAUGUAUCAUGGAAGAUAAAAGAUAAGAGCACAAGAAGAAACAAUUGGUACAUCAACAACGCUUGAUAUUGUUGGUUCAGUAGCAGAUUUUUGCGCGGAGGAGCAAAAGAAAAAGCACAAUUGUUUAUUUUCAGUGAAGCAGGAGCAGCACUAAGACUAACGACAACAACAGUAGAACUAGCUACGACUCCCGCAUGGAGAUGUCGUCUGGACGCCGUACUGUUUCCUAACCACCGAAGUUUGAUGUCUGGUGUGGUUUUCGUCAUGACG